AUGUUACGAUAUCAUAUGCAAGGCUUUAGUGGCUAUGGAGUUCAGUACUCACCUUUUUAUGAUAACAAGCUAGCGGUAGCUUCCGGCUCCAAUUUCGGACUUGUAGGUAACGGUAAACUAUAUAUCUUAGAUAUUGAUAGCCAAGGAAGGAUACUGGAAAAUAGGUCAUAUUUGACCCAGGAUGGGCUUUUCGACGUUGCUUGGAAUGAACUUCAUGAGAACCAGGUACUGGCAGCGCAAGGAGACGGAUCGCUUAGACUUUUUGAUAUUUCUCUAAAUGAAUAUCCGAUUGCCAUAUUCCAAGAACACGAGAAAGAGGUCUUGAGCUGUAAUUGGAAUUUGAUCAACAAGGAUCUGUUUGUGAGCAGCUCCUGGGAUGGCACUAUCAAAGUAUGGACCCCUGCAAGAAACAAUAGCAUGGCCACUUUAGUCCCAAAACCCAUGAAAAGACACAAUGCGGUCUUGGCGCAUCAAGACGUGCCAAUGUCCAAUCAAAGGCAGCACAGUUCACUUUCUAAAAACAAGAAAUGUAUAUACCAGGCUCAAUUCUCGCCUCACGAUCCCAACACUGUUAUGUCGUGUUCCGGUAAUUCUUACGUGACGCUAUUUGAUCUACGCCAACCACCUGUUUCGAACCAGUACAGCUUCUUGGCGCACGGUGGCAUGGAAACGCUAACAUGCGAUUUCAACAAAUACAGGCCCUCCAUUGUAGCAACGGGAGGCGUUGACAACAUGAUAAAAAUUUGGGACCUUCGCAUGGUUCGCAAGAUGAGCAUUCAUUCACGGCAACCAAUGAGUGUGAAUGAGGUCGGUGGUGGGCAUGACCUAGCCGUGAGGAAAGUGUCUUGGUCACCACAUCACUCGGACAUGUUUCUGUCCACGUCCUACGACAUGACUUGCAAAGUAUGGCAGGAUCUCAGCACCGAUGGCCGCAGACCAACCGGUAGAACCAACAGCGUAGAACCAGCAAAGGGCUGUCGUUUUGUGUUUCCGCACCACAGCGAAUUUGUGUUUGGAGCAGAUUGGAGUCUGUGGGGCCAGCCCGGCUACAUUGCAUCUACGGCAUGGGACGGUGACGUUUGCAUAUGGAACGCUUUCAAAAGGUGA